AUGCAUAUGAAUGCAACUCCUCACGGCAUGCCUGCUUUCCUGCAUAGCUCUCCUGGUGCAAUGGAUGGCACGCUGAGCCAGGUGUCAGAACAGAGCAAAGAUGUACUGAGCUCCCUAACCCCAGAAGAGCCUCCUGUCAAUUUUAUACGCGUCAGGUUGGAGGAGAACGAGCCCACAGACUUCAGCACCAAGGAUUUCAUCCUGAAGAAAGCCAGAGAGGUCUGCAAAUGCAAUCAUCAAACCAUCAUCACCUUCUUCUGUCGGCUGUUCCCAGUGCUGGACUGGCUGCCCCAGAAUGAUGUCAGGACACAGUUACUUGGGGAUGUCGUAUCUGGGCUCCUGGUGGGGAUAGUUGCCAUCCCUCAGUCCAUCUCAUACUCCCUGCUAGCCAGCCAGGAUCCCAUCUACGGAAUCUAUACCAACUUCUUCUGCAAUAUCAUCUACGUGGCCAUGGCCACUUCACGCCACAACUUCGUUGGAUCCUUCGGGGUCCUUUGCCUGAUGAUCGGGCAGUCUGUGAACCGGCACCUCCAGCUAGCAGGGUACAGCAAUGGCAGCACUGGUUCUGUGCUGGUGGACAAUUCCACCUCCCCCAGGAAUGGGACGGCUACCUGUGACAGGAGCUGCUAUGCCAUCACUGUGGCCCUUUCCCUGAGCUUUCUGGUUGGCCUUUACCAGAUCCUGCUGGGGGUUUUACAGCUGGGCUUUGUGGCUGUCUACCUGUCAGAACCUCUCCUCAGUGGCUUUGUGACUGGCUCCAGCCUCACCAUUAUCACCUCCCAGAUGAAGUACCUCCUGGGACUGAAAAUCCCUCAGCAUGAAGGGGUGGGCUCCUUCAUCCUGACGUGGCUUGACCUUUUCAGGUACAUCCACAACACCAACAUCUGUGACCUGCUCACCAGCCUUGUUGCUUUGGCCAUCAUAGUGCCUGUCAAAGAGAUCAAUGACCGGUGUAAGGACAGGAUGAAGGCCCCAUUCCCCAUAGAGCUGCUUGUGGUCAUUGUAGCCACAGUACUAUCUUACUACUUCAACUUUCAAGAGCAAUACAAGUCGGCCGUUUGUGGGGCUAUCCCCACUGGUUUCAGGAAGCCCACUCUACCAGAUACGAAGCUGUUCUCCAGCCUGGCAGUCGAUGCCCUGCCCAUUGCUAUUAUUGGCUUUGCUAUGACCGUCUCCCUGGCGGAAAUCUUUGGCAAAAAGCACAGCUAUGCCAUCCGUGCCAACCAAGAGAUGAUCGCCAUUGGCAUGUGCAACCUGAUCCCGGCUUUCUUCUACUGCUUUGCCAGCUCUGCAGCCUUGACCAAGACUCUGCUGAAGGAGUCCACGGGGACCCAAACCCAGGUCUCUGGCCUGGUCACCUCCCUGGUGCUGCUGCUAGUGUUGCUGUGGAUCGCACCGCUCUUCUACUCACUGCAGACCUCCAUCCUGGGGGUGGUCACCAUUGCCAACCUGUAGGGGGGGGGGCUGAAGAGGUUCCGCGACAUCCCUCGCAUGUGGCAGCUCAGCAAGCUGGACACGGUGGUGUGGUGUACAACCAUGCUGGCCUCCACGCUGAUCACCACGGAGAUCGGGCUCCUCAUGGGCGUCUGCUUUGCUCUGCUCUGCAUCAUCUUCCGUACACAGAGACCCAGGGCCACGCUCCUGGGCAAGGUUGGCAACACGGAGAUCUAUGAGGACCAGGCCACUUACAAGCAACUCAGCAGUAUUGCCAACAUCAAAAUCUUCCGCUUUGAGUCAUCCCUUUACUAUGCCAACAAAGCUUAUUUCACGACUGUUCUCUACCAGAAAACUGAGUUAAAUCCCAUCCUGCUGGCUGCUAGGCAUCAAAGGGUGGAGAGCCAGGGAAAUGCAGACACGGGCAAUGGCAAAAGAUUUUUUGGUACUGGGUUUGACUGCCUGAAACCUGGCAAGACAAGGACUGAGAAGUCACCCCCAGAUGUCUGCCCUGCCUCCAUAGACACGCACACCUUAAUCAUUGACUGUGGGGCGAUGCAGUUCAUAGAUACCGUGGGUCUCUCCGUGCUGAAGGACACACAUCACAACUACAAGGAGAUUGGUGUCCAGGUGGUCCUGGCCAACUGCAACCCUUCCAUCCGCCACCGGCUACGGGAGGGAGGCUGGGCUGGCCAGGCAGCCAGUGGUGGGCAGCUGGCUUUCCACAGCAUCCACGAUGCAGUGCAGUUUGCUGAGCAGUGGUACCACAUGCAGCAAGAGAAAAAGGAUGCACUCCUGGACCCCGAAGACCCGCAUGUCCAGACAUCUUUGUAGACCUGUGUGUGAGGAAUGACUUCUAAGGAGGGUGGGCUUGGUAUGUGCUUCAGAGCAAUUUCAGUUUUCAUGUGAUCAGAGCAUGAAGAAAGACUAAGGAACUGUGAGCAGCAAGCAAGGGGCAAAAUGACUGGGGAGGGAGGGGGUUCAGCAGAUAUCGCCCCUAGCCUGAGAGGCAUUUCAGGGUUGGUUGUGUGGGCUGGGAGCCUGGCUGGCUUUUACCCUUCUCCCUUUGGAAAGGGCUGUGAUGCCAAGAGAUGCUGCGCAGUGACGUGGGCCUCCCGGCUUCCCCAGGGAUCAUCCAUGCGAGAUGCUGCCCCGUGGUGCCUCUCCCACUUGCUGUCCACUCCUUCCCAACCCACCGCAGCGCACCUGCAGCCCCCUGGCUCCUGCACUUGUGCCGGGCUUGCGUGGGCACUGGGUGGCAAGUGUGAGGCGUGCUGCACAGCCCGCAACCUUUGCACAGGCCCCCAGGCGCUGCCGCGCUCCCUUUGCCAGCUCAAUCUGCAGGCAGGCCCUGCCUGCCCCUCUGGAAGGAAGGGUCUGCAUGUAUUCCCUCCAUCCCUUCUGCUUUCAGUCACCCGUGAGAGUGGACCUCAGCCCCACUGAGUGCAAGGGGACCUCAGCCAGUUGGGGCAUCAAUUUCCAAGGCUUGGGGAGCCUCUGGGUGCUCUCACAAGGGAGCACUUGGCCACCUCCCAGCUGGGGCUUUGUCCCUUGGAGCCUGGGUGACAUUUGGAGGUGGCCUGGACCCCACACUGACCACUGGGGCCAGCAGUAUGGGACAUCCCUGUCCCUUACAGCUGCAGUCCUCGGGCAGCAGCAGCUCUAACUGUGCUGUGUGCACGGUGGAAAUCACAGCAGAGACUUUGCAGGGGCUUGUUGAGAGAGGCCUGGGGGGAGGGCAGGCUUGAUGCAGGAGAAAAGGGAAGUGCAGAAGUUCGGAUUCUUAAAAGACAAGGAUGGAGCCUGCUAAAUCUGGAACUGUCCUGAUCCUCCUUUUGUCCUCAGUGAUAAAAACAAACAAACAAACAAAAAAACAAAACAAAAAAAAUCAAUAGCAAUGUUCCCCAAUGCAGCACUAAGGAAAAGCUGCUCUGCGGAGCACACUUAGGAGCAUUCAUAAAUGCAAUUAUAGCUCAUGGAGUUUUCUUCUAGGUGCAACUCCACUGUCCAUACCCAGAAUAGUUAGGGAAAGGGCUGCAAGAAUCCCCUCUUGUGGUACAAUCUCAAAAAUCACAGAGAAAUGCACAUUCCAAGGCAUCUUUGGGUGCCAGAUGGCAAGGCCACUCACCAACCUCCUGAAACAUGGGGGGUUUGGGCCCAGCUGAACUGGGGGUGAGACCGAGCAUUCCCCCUUGCUCCUUCCCUCACUGACACACAUCUGUUUGUUGCCACUUUUAUUUUGGACUGGCCGUCUCUCCCCUACAUCCACCCUGUGUCAGUGUGGGAAAUAGAUCGCAGAGGCUCAUUUGUCUUCCAAACACCCUACAGCAGAGAAUUUAACAGUCUGUUGGUGGCCACAAAACAAAAGCAGCAAACCCAGCAACAGCAAAGCACUUCCCUUAAAAGCAAAUGAGUUUCAGAAGACUGCUGAGAUUUGCCCCAGCCAGCAGCUCUUGCUCGGCUGCUGUGUGGGGCUCCGGACGUUCUGCUGCAGGGCAGGACGGGUGCCUUGCCCUGCUGCAGUUCCAUGAUAGAUUGCAAAGAACUCCCAUUGCUGAAAGUGCAGCUUCCCUCCUGGAAAAAAAUAAAAUAAAAUAAAAAUAAAAUAAAAUAGAAUUACAGUGUCUGAGAUCACCAGCUACUCUUUAUAAACUGUAAACCAGGAGUGCUUGUCCAGUGGCUAGAAGACAUGGUUUUCCAAGUGCUUGCCAAAAUCUGUGCUGCCUUCUGAAUGCACAGUGGGAUGAUGAUGAGGGGCAGGGCCGUGGUGCUGUGAGCCAGGACCCCUGAUCCCAGAAAGGACUUGGGAUGCUGGGGGAUGCGGUGGCAGGCAGCCAGGGCCAUGCUGUGUGCGCAGCACUGCGGGAGGUGCUCAGCAAGAAUUGGCUCGCUCAGGCAUGGGCCCUUUCCUUGCUGGUGCGCUGGGACAGGCAGCGUGCUGCUGGCUCUGCAUCCCCACGGGGGAGUCCUUGCUCUGAGCAGCGAGGCUCGGCAGCAUUGUCAAGUACAAAAAUAGCUUUUUGGUAAGCGCCAUCUGUAAAAACACUGUGUACAUUUUGGUUUAAUAUGGGAUUAUUUCCAUGCCACCUCUAAGAAACGUGGCACCAAAGAU